UUCCAGGCCUCUCCAGCACCUCAUUCAAAGAGAGCAGGCUUCUGAGCCCACCACGAUGCCUGUCCCUGACUUCCUGCCCCAACUACCUCUGCCAUCGCUGCUGCUGCUUCUGCUGCUGGGACUCACAGGAGGGGCAGGUGAGGAGCUGCAGGUGAUUCAGCCUGAGAAGUCAGUGGCAGUGGCAGCUGGAGAGACGGCCACUCUGAACUGCACCAUGACCUCCAUGCAUCCUAUGGGGCCUGUCAUGUGGUUCAGGGGGACAGGGCCAGGUCGAGAAUUAAUUUAUAGUUACAGAGGAGGCCACUUCCCCCGAGUAACAAGUGUUGCAGAUGCCAUGAGGAGAAACAACACGGACUUUUCAAUCCACAUCAGUAACAUCACCCCAGCAGACACCGGCACCUACUACUGUGUGAAGUUCCGCAAAGCAGGGCCUGAUGACAUGGAGUUCAAGUCUGGACCAGGCACUAGGAUGUUUGUGCAUGCUCCAAUCUGA